AUGGCUCAGUGGCUCCAGCAGGGGGCAGCAGAGGCCAACAAACAGCCUCCAGGCACGAGCCCCUCCAGCCCCACCCCCGCCCCGGAUUCGUCCCCGUCUGGACACUCAGAGCCCACUCCGCUGCCUCGGGCCAAAACGCCCGACCUUGGUCGGCCCCUGCCUGCAGCAGCCUGGAUGCUGAACGUCACCCGGGCUGAGAUCUCCAUCACCCCUGAGCCUGCCCAGCCCGCAGAGGGAGACAAUGUCACGCUGGUGGUCCGCGGGCUCUCCGGGGAACUGCUUGCCUACAAUUGGUACGCAGGGCCCACGCUCAGCCUGACCUUCCUGGUGGCCAGUUACAUUGUCAGCACUGGUGACGAGACCCCUGGACCGGCCCACACAGGGCGGGAAGCUGUGCGUCCGGAUGGCAGCCUUGCUAUCCAUGGUGCCCUGCCGGGACACACAGGCACCUAUAUCAUACAGACCCUUAACAGGCAGUUUCAGACGGAGGUGGGCUACGGACACGUGCAGGUCUAUGAGAUCCUGGCCCCUCCCACGGUCAUGGCCAACGACACUGCGCUGGUGGAGCGCAGGGACACCCUUCGCCUCGUGUGCAGCAGCCCCAGCCCGGCUGAGGUCCGCUGGUUCUUCAACGGUGACGCUCUGCCCGUUGCUGUCCGCCUGGGCCUGUCCCCCGAUGGCAGGGUGCUGACCCGUCAUGGCAUCCGCAGGGAGGAGGCGGGCGCCUACCAGUGCGAGGUGUGGAACCCGGUCAGCGUCAGCCGCAGCGAGCCCCUGAACCUGACCGUCUACUUCGGCCCUGAACGUGUGGCUAUCCUCCAAGAUUCCACCACCCGGACGGGCUGCACCAUUAAAGUGGACUUCAACACGUCCCUUACCCUGUGGUGUGUGUCCCGAUCCUGCCCUGAGCCAGAGUACGUGUGGGCCUUCAACGGGAAGGCCUUGAAGAAUGGUCAGGAUCACCUAAACAUCAGCAGCAUGACUGUGGCCCAUGAGGGCACAUACACGUGUAUUGCUAAGAACUCCAAGACCCUGCUGUCCGGCUCUGCCUCCGUGGUGGUCAAGCUGUCUGCCGCAGUUGUGGCCAUGAUGAUUGUGCCUGUACCGACUAAACCAACGGAGGGCCAGGACGUGACCCUGACCGUCCAGGGCUACCCCAAGGACCUGCUAGUCUACGCCUGGUACCGUGGACCGGCCUCAGAGCCCAACCGACUGCUCAGCCAGCUGCCGUCGGGGAACUGGAUCGCUGGCCCAGCGCACACGGGCCGGGAGGUGGGCUUCGCCAACUGCUCACUGCUGGUGCAAAAGCUGAACCUCACGGACGCCGGACGCUACACUCUCAAGACGGUCACACUGCAGGGCAAGACCGACACAUUGGAGGUGGAGCUACAGGUGGCCCGUGAGUGAGCGGCAU